UUACAGCUGAAGGGCUUCAAUCUCUCUUCUGAAAAUGUGGUUCCUGCAUUUCUGUCUGCAACUCUGUGCUACGUGAUCAUAGUUUUCUGCAACCUUAUUUUAAUCCUCACCAUCGUGCUGAACAAAUCUCUGCAUCAGCCCAUGUAUCUGAUUCUGCUUAACCUUCCUAUCAAUGACCUUAUAGGCUCCUCAGCGCUCUUGAUACAACUCACUAAAGAAGUACUGACCAACAGCGGGACGAUACAAUACACGGCUUGUGUCGCUCAAGCUUUUUGCAUCCACAUCUACGGAGCAGGCUCUGUGAUCAUUCUGACCGCUAUGGCGUACGAUAGAUACAUCGCCAUAUGUUGCCCUCUGCAAUACAACACCAUCAUGACCUGUGCUCACAUUAUGAGAAUAAUCACAGUCGUAUGGAUGAGCAAUUUCAUUUUAAUAGGCGUGCUAUUUUUUCUGCUUCUGCGCUUGCCCCGCUGUCGAUCUGAAAUAACACACACCUACUGCGAUAAUCCAUCUUUGCUGACUUUGGUGUGUGCCGACACGAGCAUCAACAACAUUUACGGGCUUGUUCUGGUUGCCGUGACACAACUGGUGGGCAACGGAAUGAUUUUAUACACGUAUCUCUGCAUCCUAGUCGCAUGCUUCAGAUCUAAACGGUCAGACACAAAAGCCAAAGCUCUGCAGACGUGUGCCACUCAUCUAACCGUGUUUCUCUUGUUGGAGUGUCUCGGUCUUUUCACCAUCAUAUCGUACAGACUAAAGAACAUCUCGUCACAUUUGAGAAGAUUCAUGGGGUUGUUGGCCUUAAUUUUUCCCCCGACAUUGAAUCCAAUCAUCUACGGACUGAAAACAAAAGAAAUUCGAGAACAAAUAGUUCGAUUUUUAAGGAACAAAAUCCUUCCAACUUAA